ACUCAGCUGUGUGUCUCUUUAAGUGGACGAUUGUCUUGAUUGUAAAGCACUGUUGAUCUGUCAUUGUAAAUAGCGCUCUAUAAGUGAUAAAUUAUAAUUGUACUUAACAAGUACGCAAUCGUUUCUUUUUUUAAGAUUAUUGUAAUUGAACAUCUAAAAGGCGGUGGUACGGUAUAAAAUUGAAGUGAGCAUUCAGAGAACUAGUGUAAUUCUCUAUUAAUGGACCGAUUACGUAAAAAAAGUGAGAGCUUUCAAAGUUAAAAAAAGUGGAAAGAAGUUAAGCUGAUCAAGUAGUUUCAUGAAUAAAAUUUCCCUUGUAAUCGAGGUUUAAAGUAUGGAAAACUUUAGCACUCUAAUUUAAUUUAGUGUCAUGCAGACUGCAACAUAUUUUUCGCCAAAAAAAUAACUUCAAUUAGGAAAAAAGGAUAAUUACUCACCACCUAUCCUUGUAAUCGAGGUUUCAAGUAUAGAAAACUUUAGCACUCUAAUUUAAUUUAGAUUUGUCGUGACAAAAUUGUACAAAUUGUAGUAGUGUAAGAGACUCGACGGAAUUCCCUCAAAAAGGCUAGAACUAAGGGUUUUGCUGAGGCACUCUUUUCUAAUUCUCCAUUUAUGAUGAGCAUCAUAUGGGGUGGGUUAAGAUCACGAGGAGGGUGGGCAUGGGGCAGUUGUCAACUGGGACUUUGACUGUCUUCGUUAACAGAAAAAAAACAAAAAAAAAACCGGGAAGAAGGAAAGCUGUUCGAAUAGUUAACUGAAUAAAAAUUUCCUUGUUGAGUUAAGGAAAACUUUGGCACUCCAAUUAAAUUCAAUUUAUUCGUUUGAAAAAUGUACUGUUGUUGUCUAUUGAUAAGUGAUUCCUGCUGACUUCCAUCUUAAACUCCCCCAGCGGAUCCUCAUAAUAACAGCGAAUCCAAAAAUUAGGGAGUGAGAAACACCAUUAAGGGGGCAUUCUGGUCAAAAAAAAUUAAAAAUCUUUAUUUUUUUCGAAAAUGUUUUGAUGGCCUCUUUAGUUGGGCAAAUCUGUCUAGUUUAAAGUUUUGAUGUCAGUUUUUCCACUUCCAGUUUGCGAGUCAGUAAAAAAUGAGGUUUUCUUAGCCUUGUUUUUUUUGUUGUUUUUCGGUUUCCAUAGCAACGGUUUCAAAUUUUGCAUUAUUUUUGCGAUCGAUGCGUUAUAACUUGUUAAAACACGUUCCUACGGUCUGGUGUGACCAGAGUCCGUUCCACAGGUACAAUCUUUUCGGUUCUAAGCUAGGUUACUAAGCCAAUUCAGCUCUCGGCCAAAACUCCGCAUUGCUCCAUAAUACUUUCGCAUUGCUCCAUAAUAUUUUCGAAUUACAAUGCCAAAAGAAGGACGCAAACAAGCUGUUUUAAGGAAAAAUGUUUCGAAAAAGCGAAAAAGUGGUUUCAGAGGCACUUCAGUCCAUGAUUUAAAGCGCCAGAAUAAAGAGAAACGGCCAACAGUAGGAGUUACUUUCGUCGAUGAAGACGAUGUGGUCAGCGAGCUAAUUCCACCACCAGCUGUGCCUGCAUCUUCCAGAAAGAUUCAAGUCUCUGAGACCGAAAGCCUCUCAGACGAGAAUUCCUAUAACGCUUUCGAGUCAGCAAAUGGUUAUCGCCUUGUUAGCAUGGAUAGCUUAAGGAAAUUUUGUAACAGGAUUCAUUCACACUCUAGAUGCUCUUUAGGCCAUGUUGAGUUAGAAGAAGACUGUACAAGUAGAUUUGGCUUGAGCAGUUCCAUCUAUGCCAGGUGUGAUGAAUGUGGAAUGUCAGAACUACUUGCUACUGGAUACCACAAAUCUGAUGCCACAUUACCGAAUACUAUCCAAGGAAAAGAUUUAAAUCGGAGAGUUGUUUAUGGUGCCUUUGAAAUGGGUUUAGGAAGGGAAGGAAUAGCCAAACUGUGCGAAGUGUUAGAUAUGCCUUUCAGUAUUUCAAUUGAUACAUGGUAUAGACAUGAGGAUGCUCUCUUAGAAGCCCACACUGAUGUCGUUAAGAGGAGAGAUUCUAAAAGAGUAAAACAGGCUGAGACAAGAGUGGACAAACAGUACAAGAACUACAGAAUCAUGAGGAGGCAGGCAAAACAAAGGGAUGAAGAGCUGAGGUCCAACCGGGAAGGUGUGACAUAUGAGGCGGGAGGCUUCAAUGAUCUUGGACUGAACAGUGGACCAUCAAGAAAGAGAAAAAAAAAAUGAACAGACAUAAAAGCCAUUCCCUGGUGACAUUUACUGCUGUUUGAUAUAGUAUUAUGGUGAAAUAUCAAAGCAAAUCAGUAGUUGAGAGAAUGGAAGUCAUUUUCAUUGUUUUUUCUCUUUUACAAAUGUUUAAGGCUAUUUUCUGAAAAAUGGCCAUUUUUCCUACUGCCAGUACUGCCCCCUAUUUUUUUGUUUCUUAGAUUUAAGGUAUGUUAGUCAAACUUGGCUCAAGUGUUUAACAUAUAGACUACUACAACUUAAUGGGACAAAAUUAGACCAUAUAAAAUAGGAGCAUAUUUACAGGAAAAAACAUAAAGUAAAUGUUCAUUUGGUUGCCAUGACAACAAUAUCCGCCGUAACCAAAUUUUGCCCCAUUAAGUUGUAGUCCCUUUUAUAUAGAGUUGAUGUGCCAAACAUAAGUUUAUUUGACUGCAUUUUCAUUAGAAACAAAAGGGGGCAGUGUAUCAAGUCUAACAAUAAUAUUUUAUGUUAUAGGGUUAAUAAUUAACUUCAGAAAUGCAUGGUCAGCAAUUUAAGAUCAAUAUUGAAGAAAGCAUAAUCAGGUGCCUCUUUGGUGAAAAUGUGAGCCAUUUAGGCUAAAUUUUGAAUUUUUUAUGAAUUUUAAAAGUUGUGGUCACAAUCGUCCUAGUUUUAGACCAGAAUGCCCCCUUAACUUCGGCCUCUUUAAGGAGGAGUCUGUCGAGUUUUUUAAAACCAGACAAAACGCCGCGUAAUGCAAACUACAAAAUAUUUUUUGCCAAAAGUAUAACUUC